AAGACACCUAGUGGCUUGUAUGAAUCAUCCGCUCAUCGAUAUUUAUUUUGUCCUAUAAAAGAGCAAGUCUAACACUCCGUAACACAUAGUCUACCUUACAAUUGUCGAAAUAACUCUAUCAACUCACAAUUCAAGAGUUAACGUUUAAACAACUACAACAUCAACAUGAAUCGUAACUUGUCUUUGUUUCUUUUGGUCGUCGCAGUGGUUUUGCUGGUCGCAGCCACAACGAUCGAUGCAGAGUGUCGCUGGCUCGACUGCCAUGCACAUUCGGCCGGCGACUGGUGCAACAUUCUUGGACCCGGCUGGAAGGUGAAGAAUUGGCGACGGUGUAACGGAUUGCUUGGAAAAUCUGAACACUGCUGCAAAUGAUGCAGUUAUUAACCGUUUAUUAUUAACUCUGGAACUUAAAGCGCACGACUUGUUGUAAAAUGCAUAACCUAACCUAACCAUUUAUAUUAUUAUUAAUCGUAUAAACAAUUAUUGAAUUAUUAUCAUUAUUAGAUGUGAAAAAAUGUUGUUCUUUUUUUUUAUGACGGUUAGAAAAUAAAAAAAUAUAGUGCUGCACAUUA